AUCUCAAGUAUAAAAUAAACUUUUAUUUUAUAGAUCUAGAUCAAGAGUAUAGAUCUAGAUGAUAAUCUAGUCUAAGAUUACAAAUAACUUAGAAUUCAGUUAAAACAAAUGUAACAGCAUUAAAUACUUGACCCGGAAGUAUACAUGAUGGAUUUAGUUGCUCGGCAACAAGCUAUUACAAUGACUAUGACUUCACAUGCCUGAAAUCGUUUACUUUUCAAAAUAAGAACAGUAGAAAAACUCAGACACUGAGACAGUCAACUUCAAAGAGUUCACAAAGAGUAAGACUGACAAAGAGCUAUCAGGAUGCCUUCCAUUGAAGUACUAUCUGAAGAUGUCCCAGAAGUAAAUAAUUCUAACAGCAGACCAGCGACAAAUUGUGAUUUUGUGGACAAUGAACAACCCAACUUGAACCAGUCCGCUGAUGUUCAUUCUCAGUCAGCCCCACUAAUAACAGAAAUUCAACCAAACACAAACAGCAAAAUUGAGUUACUUGACAAUGAACAAGCAUCUCCUCCUCAAGAAGACAACAAUAACUUGCCAGACUCUACAAUCACAAGAAAUAAAGAGAACAUUCCACCACCAUCUCUGCAAGACCAACUCCGAGGCAAUAGCCAGUCAAAGAAGUAUCCUAGUGUUAUUACAGAGAAAUUUCUCAAACAGCAUUGUAAAGACUUAAAACUUUACCAGACUCCAUAUCUCAAUGAUGUCCUCUAUCUACACUACAAAGGCAUUUAUCAGAUUGAGAACCUCGAUGCUUACACUGGACUCAAAUGUCUGUGGCUGGAAUGCAAUGGUAUCAGCACUAUUGAGAACCUAGACAAACUGACAGAGCUACGAUGUUUGUACCUUCACCAGAACCUGAUCACAAAACUGGAAAACCUGGAAGCUCUUCAGAAACUAGACAACCUGAACGUCUCACAUAAUAUUAUACAAAAAAUUGAAAACAUUGCUUGCUUGCCAGUUUUAAACACAUUAAAUAUCUCACACAACAAACUGCAGACAGCAGACGACAUUGCAGAGCUGGUCCAUUGCCCAAACUUGUCAAUCCUAGACCUGUCCCAUAAUAGAAUUGAUGAUCCUCAAGCCAUUGAUGUCUUAAUGAAUAUGAAAAAUUUGAGAGUCCUGACAUUUACUGGCAAUCCACUGAUUCAACAAAUUAAGUUUUAUAGAAAGACACUGACAGUAAAACUGAAAAAUCUCCAAUAUCUUGAUGACAGACCUGUGUUCCCUAAAGAUCGUGCUUGUGCAGAAGCCUGGGCUAGUGGUGGACUUGAGGCAGAGAAAGCAGAGAGAGAUAGGUGGGCAACUAAAGAACAUGCCAAGAUGAUGGACAGUGUUGACGCUCUUCUUAAAAUGAGGAAGACAACUCUGGCUAAAAAGAUUGAGGGCCAAUUGAACAAAGAUAACAGUGCGGAGAAGAACAAGGAAGUAGACGUGGACUCAGUGGAUUGGCUAUAUAGUACUUACAAACUCAAGGGAGAUGACCAAGUAUAUCAUUUUAAUGAAGAUGGCAGCUUAAACCAAUCCGAUGAAACAGUUGGUGACAUGAAAGAAGGUUCAGAAGAUGCUGGUGCUGUUAGCUCAAUGACAGAAAUUGAAAUGAAUCAUGAAAAUCUGGAAGUAAUAUCCACAAAACAAAAUGUACCAGACGAAGACGAUGACAGUGGAAUAUUUUCUAAAAGAUCAAACCAGUCGAGUCAAAUGGUCAUCACUCCAUUGGAAGGUUCAGAAGAUGCUGGUGCUGUUAGCUCAAUGACAGAAAUUGAAAUGAAUCAUGAAAAUCUGGAAGUAAUAUCCACAAAACAAAAUGUACCAGACGAAGACGAUGACAGUGGAAUAUUUUCUAAAAGAUCAAACCAGUCGAGUCAAAUGGUCAUCACUCCAUUGGAAGAGGACACUUCAGAAAGUAAUUACUUUGAGGGCAUACCAGACUUAGAGGAAGCAGACGUAAACAAUGAUACAUCAGGAAUGACUUCCCUUGAAGAAGACAAGCCUUACCGACCAAUCAUUGAAAUAUUAGAAGACAAAGAAGAACUGGAGGAAAGCUUGCAGCCUGAAGACUUGACAUUGUUAAUACCAUCGCCAUCAAGAUCCUCUGGCAGCUUUGUCAUACCCAGCCCAAAGCCCAAGAAAGUUUUAAUUGAAGACAUCACCGUGUCUAUCACUGAUGACAAUAUUUCUACUAAAGCAGAUGUAGCAGAUGAGUUUUUACACCCCAUCAGGGGAGAUAAUUCCUCAUUGUGUUCAAAGUCUGACACAACCUUGGAUAACUCAAGGGAAAGAAAUUAUCUUGCUUCCUCCAAUAGGUCACAGACAUUGUUGACAGACAAAGAAUACAAGGGACAAGAGGAAGGGAAAUGUCUUCCCAAAUUGCUUAUUGAAGAAAUUAACAGUGGUUUGCAAAUUACAGGGCCAGACAAAUGUGAAAAUCAGUCCUCACAAGAAACAUCUGAUCCAGUUGUGGACAUGCCUACAAAUAAAAUGUCUGAAGAGCUUCUAACUAAGCUAGAGGUGAUAGCUGAUUCCAAUGUGACCAAAGAUGGUGUUCUGGAUUAUUCUAAAGUUUCUUCCAUUUUAAAUAAGGAAGAUGAUGAUGAAGAUGAAGACAGACGUUUAGAUGAAGAAUUGGAAGGUUUGGAUUAAACAGUAUUGUAUCACAGAGACUUUGACGUCUGCUGAGGACAAACGAGUUCUCAAAGAAAGUAUUGUCUUCUGCCUUAAAUGUUUUGUUAAAAGAAUUAAGUUUUGUUUUAAAUGAAGAAAAACUAUUUUAAAGCAAAAUUUUAAUAAAUAUAAAUGAAUUAGAAUUAUUUUGUUCUCAAUAAUAUUUAAUUUACCAUUGUACCUAACUGAAGUCUGUUAAAUUUUAUAAUAUUUAAAACAUGCUAACUUAAAUAAAAAACAUUUUUUACCUUUUCUAUUUACAUUAUGCUACAAUUUGGUUUUUAUACAGACAUGAUAUGUUCUCAUAAUUGUUAAGUAUGCACUCUUAAAAAAAAAAAAACAGCCAUUGACUGACAUUGAUACUUGAACUACAUGUUUUUGUGUCUACAGCUUUUAAGUUGCUGUGUCAGUCUUACAGACAUAAACAAUAAUAGGGGUGCUGGCAGAUUGUUAAUGAAAUGAAAGGUUUAAAUCUUGUAUGCUACCAUCCAAAGCAGGAGAUUUGGGCAAUAAAGAUGGGAUAAUCAUCUUACUAAAAGCAGCUUUCAUAUUUUAUAACAUUGAGGAACUCCUGAAAUGAAAGAUACAUAUAUUUCCAUAACCUUUUACUAUUAGAUUCUCAGAAUAAUAAUAAUAAUCUUUAUUAUAUGUGAGGAAAUUUGUUUUACCAUUUUGCAUUACAAAAAACAAUAAUACAUUAUUUGAGCACUUAAUUUGUAUGAUAGCACACAAAAUUUACAUUCAUACUCUUCUUCAACAUUACAUUUGAAAUUUACGACAGUAAGUUACAUUUUGUGCAACGAUUUAAUGGCCAAAGAAACAAAAGACAGCUUAACUUUUGCGAACUCUUCCAUGUAAAGAGAUACAAUAAUAAUUGUUAGCCUUGGAUUUUUUUUUUAGCUCUGUUUGCAAAACAUUUUUGUAACAAAUGUCUUCUGAAUGUGUUUAUAUGAAAUUAGAGUGCAAAAUAUAUUAAAUUUGUGUGUGUUUUUUUUGGUAAAUAAGAAGUGAAUAGUUUGUUUGUAAAAUGUUUUACAUGUUUAGAAUGUUCAUUCAGAUUAUGAAGAUAAUUACAUCCUAGCCCAGACCUUCUGCAGGAUGACAGGGGCAGGUGGGAUUCAAAUCCAGGACUAUUGAGACUAUCUUAUAACAGUCCAGACUGCAAACCACAUGACCAGGCAGUUACCUAUCAUGAAAAACAAGGUUUUGAAAAGUCAUAGGUUAAAGGUUGAGCUAGAUGUUAUUAGCUGUAGUCAUUUAUAAUGAUAUUGACCUGAUUGAGUAUUGUUUUGUUGACUAUACAUGAAUUCUUCUUUUUAUUAAUUUAUUCAAAUGAACUGCCCUAUACAUAUGUGCUAUUUAUAAAUCAAUUGACCAAGACAAUGAAAUAAAAGUGUUCAGAAAUUG